AUGUGUCGUGAUGCUAAGAGAAAACAUAUUUAUGAUGAGGUUGAAAAUUCUCAUUCCGCUCAGAUGUGGAAAUUUCUUAGAACUCUGGGUAUAGGCAAAUCACAUAAUGAUUCUAAUAUCUCGUUUGAUUUGACUGCACUCAACCGGCACUUUUCUGAGCCUCCGAUUUCUAUUGAUGAAUCUAUUAAGUCAACUACACUUAAUCUUCUCUCCAAUUUUCCUAAGCCGCUGUGUUCUCCUUUUAAUUUUAGUAAAGUUACUGAUGGUGACAUAAAAAAAUGCCUUUUAUCUAUUUCCACUAAAGCUAUCGGUUAUGACAAUCUUUGUAUGCAAAUGAUUAAACCUGUCACUAAUGAACUUGUCCCUAUUAUCACUCACAUUAUCUAUUCUUCGCUUGAGACGAGUUCCUUUCCGACUUGCUGGAAAAAGGCAUUCGUCAUUCCCCUUCCAAAAACUUCUAAUCCUACAUCUUUAUCCCAAUUCCGACCUAUUUCUAUUCUUCCAAUCUUAUCUAAAGUACUAGAAAAUAUAGUUCAGAGGCAACUGUCUCAUUUCCUAACUGUUCACAACUUGCUGAGUCCUUUCCAAUCUGGUUUUCGUCCAGGCCAUAGCACAGUCAGCGCUCUGAUUAAAGUGUCUAAUGAUAUUCGCUGGGCCAUGGACAAAAGACUACUCACUGUCCUAACAUUAUUGGAUUUCAGCAGUGCAUUUAAUUCCGUUGAUUAUGACAUACUUCUUGGUAUUCUUUUGUCCUUAAGCAUUUCACCAUCAGUAAUCUCUUGGUUUAAUUCUUACCUUAGGGGUCGCUCUCAGUGUGUCCGCCAUGAGGAGGAUUUCUCCGAAUGGUGCGAUCUCACGGCGGGUGUUCCUCAGGGUGGUGUUCUUUCCCCACUUCUCUUCUCUAUUUUUAUCAAUGCUCUCACUACUGUUCUCUCCUCUCAUUAUCAUCUCUAUGCUGACGAUUUGCAAUUAUACCGUCAUUUCAAAGUCCAAGAUAUAUAUGAGGCUAUUAAUAAGCUAAAUGUUGACUUAAGUAGCAUAAGCAGUUGGGCAAAAUCAUUUGGUCUUCUUGUUAACCCUGCUAAAUCCCAAGUAAUGAUUAUCGGCAGCUCAUAUAUGCUUAAUUUAUUAGAUCGUUCGAAGAUCCCUGCAGUAACGUAUGAUAAUACUCAAAUUCCAUAUACAGAGACUGCUAAGAACUUAGGUGUUAUUUUUGAUAAUAAUUUGUCAUGGGUUGCUCAUAUUAAUAUGAUUAGCAGAAAAGUGAACUACUCUUUCCAAUCUCUCAAGCGCCUCCAGAUGUUUUUACCGUUAAAAACUAAGAUAACCUUAGUUCAAGCACUUCUUCUUCCUCUCAUUGACUACACUGAUGUUAGUUUUUUAGAUGCUUCAGAGGAGCUGUUGAACAAACUGGAACGCAUUCAAAAUUUGUGUAUACGUUUUAUUUUCGGUCUUCGUAAGUUUGAUCAUGUAUCAGAGUACAGGGCUCAAUUAAAAUGGCUUUCUAUCCGUAAACGUCGAGACUUACAUGUGUUAUUAUUUCUUUACUUUCUUCUCUUUAAUUCUCUUGCACCUCCAUAUCUUCGCGAGCGGUUUGAGUAUCUUGUACCUCGUGAAACUCAGUGCCGGACCACUAAACAGCUGCUUCUCAAAACUCCUUCUCAUUUCACAAGCCGAUGUGGUGGAUCCUUUACUAUAAGGGCGGUCAAGCUAUGGAACUCACUUCCACAUGACAUACGUGCUAGCUCUUCGCUUGAUAUAUUUCGGAGCAGAGUAAAGAAAUAUUAUCUGUCAACUUAG